AUGAAAUUCUCGUAUCUCAAGAAAGAAGCAAAAUGGCAAGUGGUAUGGAAUGAGGCCUCAGCAGUGUCUGAGCAGGAAAGGUUGAAAUGUGAACAGGCUGAGUGUCACAAGGCCCAGAAAAUGGAGAAGGAGGAGAUUGAGAUUGAGAAGCUCAAGAGGGAGAAGAUGGAACUUGACAGGAUUGAGAAGGAGCAGGAGAAGCUGGAUCUCAAAAGGAUCAAGAAGGAGAAGAUGGAACUCCACAGGAUUGAGAUGGAGAAGGAGAAGUUGAAGCUCAAAAGUUUCAAGAGAGAGAUGAUGGCACUUGACAGGAUCGAGAAGGAGAGGAUUGAGCUCAAGACUCUCCAACAAGAGAAGGCACUGUGGGAUCAUCCUGUGGGUGGUGUUUCCAUGGAUGAUGGCAAUGACAUGGAAGUUGAUGUGCCCCCCAUGUCUCAAUCUCUCAAUAUGGAGGUCGAACCUGGCAAAAUUCCAUCAUACUCCAAUGCCCCCUGUCUCCACAAAGGCAAAGGCAAGGCCAUUGAUCACAGAGAUUGA